AAUGUAAAAUUUUCAUUUUUGACGCGUUAUAAAAAUCUUAUUUAGGAAACAAAAUAUGCGUUGGCACAGAAGAAGAUGCUGAGUGUUAAAAAAUCCAAAGACUUCCCAUUCAACAGUUUGGCCUUUUUUUAAAUAAUGUUUUUUUAUCAAUAUUUGCUGAAAUCAAAGGAUUUCAAUGGAGAAAAAAUAAAGAAAAGAAAGAAGCGAAAUUACGAAAACAAAGAGCUGAUAAAGAAAUAGAAAUGAAAGGAAUUUGUAAAACCCUAAACGAUUUCUAUUAUCAACAUGCAUUAAAUCGAGAAACUACUAAAUUUAUUCAUACCCCUGAAGGAAAAGGUUUAAAAAAGCGCUUACUCAAGAAAAAACCAAUUAGAACCGAAAGUUGUGGUGACUCAAAGGACUAUAAUGAAUUUACUAUUUUCGUAUUAAAAAAAUCACCACCUGAGAUGAGGCAACUACAAUGUGAUUUGAUUAAACCUAAAAUACAAUCAGUAUCCGAUAAACAAUGCAAUUCAUUUGAGGAAUAUUUAAUUCAAUUUGGUUUAAGAGUGUGCUAUAAUUUUUUUAAACAUAUUUUUAGUAUAGGGAAAAAAAAUGAAAGAAAUUCCAUUUUAAAAAAGUUGACUAAGUAUCUUAAAAAUUAUAUUAUAAGACAUGAGAAGGUCAAGGAUGAGACUAUCAAAAAGAAGGAUACAUCAAGAAUUCGAGGAGUAAUUAAAUAUUACUAUAAAAUACUCUGCAAGAAGAUUAUGCCACAUUAUAAUUUAUUUUUCACAUUUUAUAAGAAGUAUUUAAAGUCUAAAGAAGGUAAGGGUUAUAAAACUCCUGAAUUAACUUGUGAUUAUUUUUCACGCAUACCUAGAGAAAAUAUGAACAUCGAGGACUAAUCAAAUGAUCCUUAAAUUAUAGAUCCACGUUUUAGUGAAAAAACGUUCACGUAUCUAAGUAACAAUGUAUGCACCUAUUUUUAUAUAUUUAAUUUUUUUUUGUUUUUAAUCACAUCCUUUACCAAUCAAUAAUCAUACUAAGCACAUAUUAUUAUAACCACACUUUUAUUGUAAACCGAAAGAGUAAAAUAGAGACAAGUAAUUACAUCAUACUUUAUUUAUUACUUAUAUUAUGUUGAUGUUUUUUUAUUUAGUGUCUUUAUUAUUGAAUUAGUUAAUAUACAUAAAAAUUUGGUGAUA